AUUUUAUAUUUGUCCAGCGACGGGACAUUGAAAUUUUAUAUGAAGCUUGACGUUUUGCAAUGUUUCGCCAGCGACGGGAGUCGUGCGCACUGCCUGUGUACAUAGAAACGCACUGCUCGGGUACGAAGAAAAGUCAAGUGAACGUAGAUGCCCGCUACCCCCGGGUAUGAGUACAAACAUUGAUUUCACAAGCGGACAAGCUAGACAUGUGGCAAACGAGUGAACGCGACGUCCAAGAAAGGUUUACAAAUCGUACACAAAACGACGAUAAUCGACCGUACAAACCAUUCAAGGAGGGGAAUUGAAAUGCGUGUUUACGGCUAUGGAACUGCGUCAUUUUACACGUGGGUUUUUUUGAUAAAUCAAAUUUCAAAGCACUUAAUGACCUUUCGCUUGCUAGUGUUGUGGCCAUUCUGAUAAAUGGACGUUUAUCUUUCUGUGUUUUUGUUUCAGAUAUUUAAUAUUGAUGCUGGCUUAUACCGAAACAUCGGUGAGUGUUAGUUAUACUUCACUGCGCUGUCAUGUUUCGUGAGCGUUGGAUCGCGUUAAGCGAUCGCCGAGUUAUAUCAACUUAAUUUUUCUUUUUCUCCGUCUCACGGUUGAAACAGCAGGAUAUACUUGGCAAGCAUUAUGAUGAUCAACGACAAAAAACUGAUAAGACGACUCCAUCGUACGCUUCAACUGUUCGGCUCUACUCAAAAAGCAGCGGAAAAUUUGUACAAGUAAUAAGGAGAGCUGUGAACGCAAGUGCUACCGAGGGCAGUGACGCUGGUGAGUGAGUUUAAUUUUAUCAAGGGUGUCAGCGUACGUAAAUUGGUAAAGUCAGGUUUCUAUUAAAAUUAUGGGGUUAAAUAGACAAGUUUUAUUCUACAGCGCAACCCGCAACAGGUGUUCAGAAUAAAAUUUGCAUUUAAAACCUCGUUUAGGCUUGAAGAAUCACGGCACGCACGUUAGGUAUACGAUCCGAUGUAGUUCGGGUUUGAAUGAAGCAUAUGUUUUUGCUUGGUGCUAGUGUAACAAAGUUAAUUUCUUCUAGUUACAAUUCAGCACUUUGUAAUCCGAUAGCAUUGCCCCAACAUGGACGUUUUGCUUUUCUUUCGUGCUCCUUUUGUCCCGUUGCGAGCAAUUUUCUUUAUAAUGUGUGGUCUAACAUCGUGUGUCGUGUAUUCCUAACUAGCUGCCACUAAGAGUUUGAUAACACGAUUAUAAUACGACAAAGUCUCUCUUGAGCGCAGAUGAGACUGUGAUGAAAUCUUGGGCGGCAUUUGGCAUACAUAUAGGAAACGCUAUAAUUGGCAAUAUCGCAGCACCUAUGAAGCCAAGCGCUCGUGACCGCGAAAUCAUAACAAACAAUACGUCAAAGCUUUGACCACUAGCAGACGGAAUACAGCUUUUGAAGGCAAUGAUUGCGCACUUUUCGCGGCCCAAAAUUGGAUGCGCUUGCUAAAAACGCGACGGAAUUCACAUUAGCAGUGCAUGCGCUGUUUAGCAUAAUUAGCGUUCGCAUACUGACUUCCAACCGCCUCUUAUAGAAGCUAAAUAGCAUAAUAAACAAUGUUCCAUCCUCUUCGCUUCCUAUACCGACUUUUAUGAACAGACAAUUAAUUUUCAAACUUGAAUAAAGCACCGCGACGGAACAAACGGUUGUUAGUUCGCGUUAGGGGGGUUCAUUUCUCAUUACCGACUUCCAAAUGCUUUCUUGUCUUCAAGCGGACUUUGUUAUUCAUGCAAUAAAACAUUAUUUGUUAUUACUGCUAAAUGGCUAAUCCUUUACAAAUAAGGACGCCCUUGUUUAUACAAACUCAUAGACACUUCUAGAAGACAAUCUCUAUAAAAGGCACUCAUAUGUGAAGAGAGUAUAGCAUCAGAAGCAGUUCACUGUUGUUUUAGCCAGGAUGAAGUGCGCUUUUGUUUUUAAUUGUAAAGUAGUCUGCUUCACACAUGCGAGAUUAGAAGUACUAGGUGCCAAAACAAAUAAAAAUAAUUUUAACUUGUAAUUUUGUAUCUCCACUGUGGUGUACCUUCUUCAGCCAUAGUUUCUGUUAGUAUUAUUUUUAUACAUUCAUAAUGUCUUUUAAUCUUCACACGAAAGUUGACUCUUAUCACGCUUAUUUUACCUGCAGGCUGCAGUGACUAAAGUAUAGCUUAUAUGAAAUAUUUAGAGAAACUGUGCUUAAUUUAAUUUAAUAGGGUUAUCUUACUUCCAAAUCAAUGAUUGAAUUAUAGGUAGCAGAGCACAUUGCUUGUAUGUUGUACAACACUGCCCUCAAGCAUAUUGUGACUACUCUCUCAGCGCGGAGGAAAAAGCUGACUUAAAAAGGCAAGACUGUUGUUCAAGCUUUCGGGAGUGUCCAAACAGACAUUAGCCCACGCUGAUGAAUCGUACUGUUUUUGUUUGACUACAUUUCUCCCUUUGGCAAUAAAAUCCGCUGUACAACUAACAGACAGUACAAACAUGCGCCUACACUUUUUACUGCAUGACACUAAUGGAUUAAAAGCACACAAAAAUUUCAGCUCUUUUUACAAAGCACUUGACAUAUGACAUUGAGUUUAAUAAAGCCAAGUUUGAUUUAUCGUGAAUUUCUUAAAGAAAUAUAAUGUCCGCAAUCGCGGCAAACUUCAAAGGAAAAUCUAAUCCCCAAUCAUUUCUUACGAUAUAGCGACAUCUUUGAAAUGAAGGUUGGGUCUGCACUUUAUCACUGUCCACUGAACUGAUAAAAAUAGCCUGUGAUAAAGUUAAGCUUAUCUUUCGACAGACCAAGUGAUGAUUAAUCUAAUAGGCAUGUUUUAAUAUGUUUUAAUAAUAUCCCCAAUGGUGUAGACCAUUCGAAGAAUCAUUAUACAUUCCCCGGCAACCUCGGCUUCAACCUUUUGGAAACAGUCAAUAUAGCUAGCAUAUGUUCAUUACGUAAUGCAGAGUAAAAUGAGACGUACUGACCCGCACGCAUCUUUCCGUUUUCGACCGUUUAAUUAAUAUUCUAAUAUUCAAUAAAGUUGUUAACUGAAAAAAAAUUCAAAGGAGAUGAAAUGUAUCGCUUCAAUCUUGAAUAAUCAAACCAUGAAACCAACUAUAUAUUCUUUCUGGCCGUGAGAACCGCGUGCAAGUGUAAAAAUACCUAAAUUCAAGGCCUUGAUUGCUUGAAAUUCCUUGAAUUUAUAAAGAAGUACUUAAAGUCCUUAAUUUCUGAAAUUGUUCGACACUAAAAAACGGAUUUGUUGAGUUGAUUUUUUUGUUCAUUUUUUUACAAAGCUGUUUGAAAUUUAUGAAGGUUGCAGUUUGAAUAGUUUAAUUAACGUCACUUUUUACUGAUUUCUAACGGCGUCUUUUCAGGCCUUCAGUUCUUGAAUUUCCAAUGUGAAUAUACGUGGUCUUGAAAGGCCUCAAAAAAGCUUGAAUUUUACUCUUUCUGACCUGUACAAUCCUGCAAUUUUUUUCAUAACUGUUAUUUACAAUAAAAUCAUUAGACUAAGUACCUUUUAAAAGCAAAGUAUAUUAAUGGAUAAAUAAGUCUGAUAUGCACUGUCAUGUGACUUAAAAAUAACAUUAUGCAAAAGAAAAAACAACAUGGUGAGAACCCACACUUUGCAAAACAGAAAUCUUGACAGUUUUUAUACAUUGUUGGUCUCGUUAUCAUCAAAAUAAAUGCCUCCUUGAAUUAAUCAUUCUUCCGGAUUCAAUGUCGAAAUCCAAAUGUCCACGCUUUAUUGGUUUUACGGAUAUGUUUUCGCAAAAAUAAUAUUUUAUCUCGCACUAUAAAAGCAUGGAGCAAUAAAUCAGAUAAGUUGCUGUUCAUGACAGCUGGUUUGUGUAUGGUACUUCAAGAAUGAACUUAAUUGAUCCAUCGUUGAGCAGUCGUGCGAUUUGGGCAUAAUGUCAGUCAGCUUCGAUGCAUGGUCUUCAGUUUCAGAAGCUUUGACAUUGCAUGGCAGGACCACGGCUCUUUGAUUAUUGGUUACAAAUAUACAAAGCAGCUUGUAUCAUGAAAAUAAUUAGUAUAGGAAAUUACUGGUUAUAGCUACCAUCUGCUGCACGAUAGUGUUCAGAAUUAAACCUAGCCAUAACUCAUAAGCGAACCACAAGAAAGUUAGCAACCCGAAGUAUCAUCCUGGCUUAGAAUUUCAUGUUACUUUCCUAUUCUUAAAUAUUCUAACAUUUCCUUGGUUGCCCUUUCAAAAUGACUUACGAUUAUCCUAUCAUUGUAAAUUGCCCGUAAGCUCCUCUGUACUGGAACCUCUAGGCAAUCGGUGGGUUUACUUGGAGGGAGAGUUGAAAGCUGUAGUUUAAUUAGAAUUGGACUGGGACACAAGGCUAUAGUUUAAUUAGCUUGCUCUGCCAACUCCUCUAAGAAGUGAAAAAAAAAGUGAAGUUGACGAUUAUCUGCCAUCCUUUAGCGCUUAUUGAAACUUGGCAAUAGGAGUUCUUCAUUGUCGUUUCGUGAGCUAAGGAAAGUUAAUCAGUUUAGUUAUAUGUCUGUUUUGAUAACUCGUUAAUAAAGGUAAUCACGCGAACGCACGCGAAUGCCACUUUUGUCGACCUCGUAUUUCUCAGGGGGAGGUAAUAAACGCAAGCGAGUUACUUUAAGAUGAAAGAUGCGAGUUCAGCUUACAUGCAAAGAAAGUAUAGAGAUGUUUAUAGUUGUCAAUCUGAAAAAGACUGUUCUUGACAUUUCAAGCGAAAGUCGUUUUAUAUCAACAGAGUUGAGUUUCGUCGCCCUCCUGGUAAUUCAUAAGCUAGUCGUACAUCAAAAUCCAUAGUUUCUCACAAAACUUUUCACUCUUUGUCAGUUUGAGAGCAAAAGAUAUUCAAAAGUCAUUAUACAUUACUAAUACGAAAGCACAUGAAAAUAGAUAGCUAUAUAGAUCAGCGUUUUCAUUCUCCAUAUAGAUUUCUGCCAAAUUGUCAUUCUUAGCAAAAGCAAAACAUGAAUGUUUUGUACUGGCAUACCGGCGAGACAAGCUUCGAAUUUUCAAAUUUCGAGUUCGAACCAUAACAAUGAUUUGGUAUUAGAACUUUGUUAUUAUAAACUUCGACAAGGCCUUUCAAUACGAAACACGAAACUAGUUUACACAACAAUCUCUCUGCACGACAAAAAUUGGAUAUUGUUGUAAUUUGUAAUACUGUCUAAAGCUUAUUAAUGUUGUUGUUUAUAAUGGUUAAAAUACGUAUUGGGACAAUUAAACCGAUUGAAAUAAUUUCAUUCCGAGCUAAGCCAAUUUAAGGGAAACUUAAGCCAAUUUAAACUGUUCUUUCAGGCUUCAACGCAGUCAUCUAAUUAGCAUAAUUAGCGUUAGGCAAGGGAGAUGCGUAAAUUACUCUGUAAUAAAAGUAAGUAAAAUAUGUUGUUUGAUUGAAUGAUGCUGCAGCGCCAAUUCAAAUAUAAAGCACGGCGGUCGGUUGUACGAAGGCCGGAUAGCACUAUUCACGGGAGGCGGAGAGUGAGUUUUCAAGCUUUCCGGGAUUGCCCGUUGAUUGGUCAGAUUAAACUUUAUAGUAUUUAUAAAUUAAAGUCUCUUUUUAUUAUUAGUUCAAAUUUGUGCGGAUUUCUAUUGUUCUCAGUCGGGUUUUAUUCGGGUAAGAUUCUUAAAGCAAGGGGAGGGAUUUGAUAUCUCUCCAGGGAAAAGUGGGGUUGAUGAAUAGAAUUGAAUUAAUAAUUAUAAAUUCACAGGUUUUAUCUAUAUAAAACCCGGAUUUUUGCGGGUUAUAUAUAUAUAAAACCCGCAAAAAUCAGGUUUUAUAUACUUAGAUAAAACCUGGUGAAUAUUUAAUCAUCAAUUCAAUUGAAUUCUAUUCAUCAACCCCCCUUUUCCCUAUAGAGAUGUCAAAUUCCCUCCACUUGCCUUUAGAUUCUUACCCAAAUUAUUCAAAUAAAACCCUAAUGAAAACAAAUUUAGAAUCUUUGCUUCGACAAACCCAUACACAUAUUGUUCGUUAUAGCGCUUCUACCUUCGGCCCACUCUUUCCAAAUACGAUCGAACUGCCCAGAUGGUGUUGUGUCUUGUGCCUACAGUAUAUUCGGUAUACGCUCAAUACGCGUUUUUCAAGACUCUUUGUUUAUCUCUGUCUAGUUUGAGCACUGCAACUCCCAAUGGUUCGUCAUUUGCUUGCAAAAAUUCUCUUUCCAUAAGCCUACAUUUUCAUCUGAUUCCGGUUGCCUGGAAGCAUUUUUUUCGUCGCUACAUAGUUCGAACACGUUUCAAUCUCAUUUUCAUAUGGACCCCAUGGUAACAAUCGUUAUUCUCUUAAUUCAAUGCAAGUAUUUUCGACAAAAAAGUAGAUUUAAUUGUUUUUCAAUCCUUACAAAUUUGAACUAAGUCAGUUAAUUACCUCGAACGUCGGUUUCUUAGCGAGAUACAUCCCUCGGGAGCGUUGCCCUCAGAAAGCAUCCCGAGGGCCGUAGGAUGCUUUCUUCGGGACACGCCCCUCGGGUUGUAUCUCGCUAAGAAACCUCGUUCUCGGUAAUUAACUCUUACUUUGUCAUGUCAUGUCCGUGGUUUUAUAUAGCUUUUCAAUAAUUUUCACAACUGUUGAAAAAUCACCAUUUUUUAAUGAAAAUUCAAUCAAAAGUUUGAAAGGUACACCUAGGUAUUCUUUAACCUAGGCAACUAGCCCCAUGAGCUUCGCCAUGAGCAUUAGUAAGAAUAGCAUGGUAAUCUGUCAUAGCUGCGUGCAGUCCCAAAACUCGUGGAACGAUGGCACGAGGCAAAGGCUAGGUAAUCAAGCAUUUUUUUGUUUUGGGAUAAAAGACAAUGAUUCCGAUAAACUCAUAUACUCAAAACUCAUUACAGUCCUGCAUGUUUUCGUUCAGGAAAGGGGCUGACACGAGGCAUAACCAUCCCUUUUCCGUUGUCAAUAGUUUUGGUACGUAAUUAAUUUCUUACGAGUUAUCAGUUUAUGUUGAUUACUCUAUCAGCUAGUUUCGACACCUGCCACGUGAGAAAGGAAAAGAUCCUUCCUGCUCAUGUGGGUCUGUAAUCUUGCCUAUACAGAUAACUCAUGUUGAUUUUACAAACAUUCUGUAAACCACCUGUUAAUGGUGCGCAGCAAAUGAAUUUCAAUUAAGGAAAAUUAUGCUAUCGUGCGCAUAAAAUAAGACGAGUAUAUUUCAAUCAUAGUUUCCAUGACCAUGGUUAAAAUAGAUGCUUAGAUGUCUUGAGAUUCAUAUGCAAUAAAACUUAACACUGGAAUAUGUAAGACGUAUAUUCAAAAACUCAUUAAUAAUUCAUGAGGAAAACACAAAGAGAAAUCAUAAGCGUGGUGUGUCUUUAUAUGUGAUAAAACACGCUUCAAAUUUCAACUUGUAUUUUCUCAGCUAAUACAAAGUUAUUUUGGAAAAUUAUUUCGCCAAUGCCGUGAUCUAACUGAGACGUUUUUGAAGCUGUUUAAUAAACUCGUAGUUCGUGUUUUAUAUAUGAUAAAACACUCCGCUACGCGUCGUGUUUUAUAUGCGACAAAACACUCCUACUCGUUUAUUAAACAGUACUUAAAACGCUGUCUUUGCCUUCUCGUUAACCAUGGAAAUGUUGCUUGUGUAUGAAUCCAAUCUUUUGAUUUGACAUUCUAGAGUUAAGAGUUAGGCAUAUUACUUUCCAAUUUACAAGAAGACCUAUGGGAUAUUUCCUUUAACGCAACGUGUAUAGAUGCAAAGCUAACAAGAUAGAAAAGUUUGAAACGAUUGGUCAAAAAGAAUAAAAAUACUAAUUCGACUACUUUCCAAUAUAUAUUUAGAAAUAUGAGAAUAUUUCGUCUGAAGUUUCUAGAAACACAACGAAAAAAUAUUUAUAUAAAACUUAUGGCACAAAAAGAAUGAAAAAGAGACCACAAUUAUUUAUUAUCAAAACACCAUUGUAAAAUGUGAUAACCAUUUAACUGUGAAAACUUCCUGCGGGUGUCAAUUAAGGCGUUUCCUGAGGGUGCGGGGUUGGUUCGGAUUAUUUCAGUUAUUUGAAGAACUUACGCUGAAAUUUCGCUAAAGAUGUGCCAAGAAUAACGGAAGGCGAACUAUGUGUACACGUGUUUUGAUUGGCCUGCAAAUCUGUUAUUAUUUACGUCAAUUAUGUUAAUUAUGCAUGUGCAUUUACACGUGCAUUUAUACGUGGCAACGGUUAGAAGGUAACUCAUAGAAUUUUAUCAACAGUUUUUCUCAAGAAUUUGUCCACAUAUAAAUUUUCCCAUCAAUAUGAAGUCAUUAGGGAGACUACACCCGUGUCUAUUCGAACUAAAGGAAAAAUUUACCAGAACGCAUGAAUAACAAAGUUUUGCCGGGAAAAGUGGUAGCACAGUGCCAGUGGGUAUGGCAGACGGUCGACCCGUGAGCGGAACAAUUGCAACUAGGGCUUAAUUCCUGCAUUAUGCGGUUGUCUGGUUAUAAUUUUGCAUGCUUUGUCUCAUUCUCAUGUGAGAAAUGUGCUUCCUGUUUUACUCUUAAACACCCGAAUACUCCAAAUUCCUUCUGUAGGAACAUUGGAAAAAUAAAGAAUAGUCCUAACUAGAACUCUAGGAAGAACACUUAUUGCUGAUAGAGCCAUGGCCAUGCCUAUCUAUGCAUGAGAGAAUGCGUGACCCCCUUUAGUCCUUGUGUAGAGUACUGCGGGAAUCCUACUACACUUUAAAUACAGCAGAGACAGAGUGUCGGGGUGGGAGGAUCUAAAUAUCCAUUCAGACAUUAAGCGCUAUAUUAAAUAUUUCUAUACUGUCUCCUGAUCCAUGUCAUGUUUUUAACUUGGUAAUGCUGAACAGUCAAAGUUCGCUCAAAAGCAUUAACAAGAUUAUACUCAAUAUCUGGAACCAAAAUGAAAGCGUUGUUUUCAUGCUGUAACAGACUAGAUUUCUUCCAUAUGCUAUGGCCUAUGCCUUUGUAAUAAAUUUCACAAACACUUUAUGUCUUUAUUUGUUUAUUCCCACUGCGCUUAUGAUUCAAAAGCAUCGUGAAAAAUAUCGAUUACAGCACCACGUCUUCGCUCCGUAUUCAUUCAUUGAAAUUUCCAUCACAAAAACUCUUUAUGCUCUGGUCUAGUUAUACUAUGAUAUGAUGAAUUAUUGUAUGAUACACAUUGCUAUUGACGUUGCCAAAUUUAACAGGUUUUAGGCAGUUGUUAUGUAAUUAAAAAUCUUCUUUGGUUACGACCCAAUUAUGACUUGUAAUAGACUGGAACCAGUUCUGUAAAUAACUAUAAGAAAAAUUACAGCUUUUAUAUUACACUGUAAAAUUAAACAGAAUCCAAUGCUUGUCACUUUCAAGAUACGAUUCUAGCCUUAUAGGAUACAUAUGCAUGCAUAUUGGACUAAUAUUUCAAAAAUUCAUUUAUUUGAAACUUAUAUGCAAGGUUAAAUCUAACACAAUGUUUUCGACUUAAUUGAUCCAUUAAGUGAAUUAAGACAAGAACAAUCUCAAAUUCUAACUUUGAUUUGUCAGUCUUAAUCUUCCAUCAUAUGGAAACAAUUUCAUGUAAUAUACCUUACAGAGAGAUGUUUACGAGUUUCACCGUAUACCAAGGACGGGAAACCAAGGUGAAUAUAAUCCACAAUAGCGCAAUUAUGCGCAUGCGCGAUUUCGUUUGCAAAAGUACCAAAUUCGCUUCAAAACUAUUUCUCUUGUAAUCUCUUUCAGUUGAUUAAGCCGGUCAAUGACUAGCUUCUAGAAAGGCAUUCUGAAUUUGCAUAACAAUAAUAGACGUGACUUUUCGCCAAGGGGUCCGAGAUGCUAUAAGCCCUUUGGCUUUGAGCUCCUUAUUUUGGAUACAUGCCGUGGUUGACAAGUAAAGACAGCGACAUUGUUACAACUAUUCAAUAUUUACCGGAUUAAAACAUGCAUUUUGUGGCUAGACAUAUCAGUUAUCAGAUAAAUCUAAUGUGUAAAAUCGGAAAGCACAAAGAUUAGGAAAAUGGCAUAAAUUAUCUGAUCCGCGGAUACCCCACUACCCGCUGGCGAAAACAAUGGGAGACCUAUUUAGGUGAAAGGUGGAGAAAUAACGCGGAUCUGGAUCGCGGAAUAAACUUUAAACAUGGAAUCAUCCAUAUUCAGCUUUCCACAAGAUCUUAUGAUCAAGGAAGAUGUUAUCAAAUCAUUAUAGUCAUGAACAACACAGAAAAGGAAUAUUCAUAAUUACGUCCAAGUUGGGCUCCCUACAAGAUUUUAAUUUUUAUGAUGAAGGAACAUGUUUCUGCAUAAAGAUUAAAGUUGAUAAAAAAAUCUUUAUAAUACUCGUGAACAAAACACAAAGUCAAAGGGAACCUGUACAAUCGCAUCCAUGUUCAGUACAAAGUUGGUAAAUAAAUCUUCUCAAAUCAUAGUUAUAUUCAUGAACAAACCACAAAGGAAAUCUGCACCAUACUGAUCCACUGUCUUGAUGCGACGAAAAUAAAUGUUCGACGGGAAUCGAUUUUCUGCGUAAAAUUAUCUGUUACUCGUGUACUAUAUAUAUAAGAUCCUUCUCGUGUGUAUAAUUUGUAAUAUAUGAAUUUAUAAAUUUAUAGUUCUUACCCGACUGAAACAGUGUUUCUGAAUCGACCUACAUAGAGUCUAAUCUUUAUGUUGGUUUUAAUAUCCCUUGUCCACAGUGUCAAUGCUUUCAUCAGCCAACACGUAGAACCUACGAACCGUCAGAUGUUACACUGAAAUACUGUACAUAACAAUGUACAAUGAUGGAUUCUCGUACAUAUACAGUCAACCAGUAAUUAUCUGCAUGUGACGUCUUCCCCUUGGACAUGGCACCUUCGGUGUCAGACUUCAUGUGCCCUCAAAACGUCGAUUUGACGCUGCAUAAGAUGCAGUUUAAAGGUUCGUUGAUAAACAAAACAAACUCGAUUAAAGCUUACGAAAGUGUUUUAAUGCACUCAUAUUGUGCUUUUGUUACUGUACCCUCUCAGAACGCACAGGAAUGAAAACAAAUUAAACGAACAUGAAAAACGAUUUCCUCAUGUAAACACGUUUCACACAUUGAGCUUUUUAGAGUUUUCUAGCUGGAAACACGUUGAAAAAGUUGUUUUGUGAAAAUCCCUGCAAAAAUACCCAGGGAUUUUUUGUGGGAUUUUUAGUGAUGUUUCGGCACUUGGGAUUUUAAAAUUUGGGCAAGUUUUGGGAAUUUUUGAAAGAAUUUUUGUGGUUAGGAUCUUCCCAUACGUAUCUUAUUUCAAUUUUGCGCUGCAUAUUCAUUGCGCAUCUUAGCAUUCGUGAAUUUAUUGCGUUAUGCUUGCAUCUAGGGGGCCAGGCCUCGCUUCAGUGCUAUUUCAGAUCGGUGAAACAUUCAAAUUAUUUCACUCUCAACUAUAAGCGGAGUAUAAAGUUCUAUAACAAGCCAAUAAAGAAUAUUUUUAGUCGUUUUGGAUCUCUCUUGACAGGGCAAGUGACAAAGUCAAACAGAAAAAAAAACACUAAUGGAAAUAUUUUUGUACUUAUAAAUGUCUUUUCAUAAAUGCACACAAAUAUUUGUGUUUUUGCUAAUGGGCUGGGCUGUGUUUUUUCUUGACUAGUAUAAGUUUAAUGUUUACCUUAUACGAUGGUAAUGAUAGAUGAUAUUCAUUUAUUACCAGUCUAGUCUUUCCUUGUUUGAAUGGAACUGAAGAAUAUUUGCAAUUCAUAAGGAAACAUGGCUUAUAUAAUUGACCAAGCUUGAAUACAAGUGAAAAAAUUAAAUGGGUAUUCCCAUUUAAAAUAUUCCAAAAUUACAAUAUAAGAAGACAGAAUAAACGUGUGGUGUCUUUCAUUCAAGAGAAAUUUCACAUAAAGAUAUUGCUUGAAUCUGAUUGGCUGAUAUUCUGUUGUACGACUUUUUAUUGGCUGCAGUCAGCAUGCUGUCACAUUUUUCUCAGGCAUUUUUUAAAGUUGAAAAUCGUGUGCAAGGGAAUGCCUUGCACGAGACUGUUUGUUUUCUUGUUUGAAUAACCGCCCUACAAAGUUCAAAUCUUCAAAUAGUUGCUUUUCAGUAAGCAUUACCAUCAGCCUAUAUUUAAUAUUUGUGCGGUCACCUUGAAUGUUUACUCAGACUCAGUCAGAUAAACAUGGUCUUAUGUUUGUGUUAGCUCAACACUAAUUUGCUGGAACAAUGACCUUGUGAGAUGAAGGGCAACAACAAAAACAGAUCUGCGUGUUUUUACGCACACCGAUCGUAUGCUUAAAGGGAAUUAUGUCAGAAAACAAGCAUCAAUUAAAAAUAGCAUUCAGAAACUGUGAGGACUCACCGUGAAGUUACAAAAUCGCCAGCAUGGUCUUUAUUUUGCCUCUGUUUACAUUGUAAACUUUUAAACAAACAUUCCGUGAAUAUUUUCUUACCGACAAAGGUUUUUUGUUUGAUCUGCUAUAUGUGUCUGUGCAAUUUAUACGAGGGAAGUUUUUAGUACAUGAAUCUCAGAAAAAAUAUCCUCAUAUUAACAGAAAUAAGAACAGGGUCCCGGUCUCACCACGAUCUCUAAACGACACAUUUCCAAUGGGUUAUUUGAAUACUUCGAACGAUUUGAGGCAGACCUGUUGCACGACUGAUGUAUCAAUAUAACUAAAAAGGUUUCUUGACAGGAAGAAUUCUAAAUGUUUUCCUUGGACUUUUCUGUUUGGUGUGGCAUUGCCAAGAUUUAACACAGAAGACCACACAGAAUUAACGGACUAUAUAUAUUCCCCUCCCCCACCUUCAAAAACGAAACGGUCAGUGCUUCUCAGCCUCCGGGAUAUCGUGACAGUAUUUGAAACGCUAUGUUGGAUAUCUGAAGUAUUCUCUUUUCCUUCUCUGCAGGCAACUUUGGCUUCCCAAAUAGGAAAAUGUGAUAAAAAUUUCUUCGAAAUGUUAACUGUUUACAACAUAAACAUUCAUAUUCUAUCCACCCCACUGGGUCUCUCAAUCAAGCAAAUUAGCAGAAAUACAUUUAGAAAUGUUGCUUUUGUGUUAUGACAGAGAAAUUAAAGAUCUGGGUUUUUUUCUGCAAGGCUUUUUAUGGUAUCUCUAACCUCAACGCCCACAACUAUGUCUCUUUUGUCACCCACAAUCGUUCCCACCUUACUCUGAAUCCAAAUCUGAUGAUCAAAACUCCUUUAUGUAUAACACCAUUACAUACGUCAGAACUCUUAUUUCAACAGGUUGUAAAAUUAUGGAACAGUGCUUGCAAAGUAGCUCCUCCAAAUACUUUCUCUACUACUCUAGUGUCAAAACAUUUUAACAUUACAAACAAUAGUCCUAUUCUACUGAGUACUGUAUUUGAUGUAAACCUGUUAUGUACUUGGACUGGUCUAUAUCGUGUGAUUGUCCUUGCCACAGGAGUUGACUGUCUCAUUGCACGAACUGUCGUUAGUAUUCCAAUUAGAACUGUUUAUUCUAAAUAUUAUGUACGUAUUUUGUUGGAAGAGUGCUCGUGGGUGGUGUAAUCUAUUAUGCCCCGUUCGCACCAAUUCCAUUUGGGUCUCAAUUCUGUGUAUAUACUGUAUAUAAGUUGUUCAUUUAACCCAAUAAAGUCAUUGAAAUAUUUGAUGAAAAAUAGACAAAAAUAGUGAGAGUUUAAACUUCACAACCGAAGGCAAACGGAUCAUUUUACAUGCAGAAUAACAUGCAUAAUAUAUAGUUUUAAUAUAACUUGUCGACAUCGCAUUCCAACGAAAAUUUUAUUUGCUGUUUGUCGUUUUACAAAUGAACGCGAUGUCACCGUUCAUCUUUGAAGUUAAAGUUUAUUUAGAUUCGUCGAGGGGGCUAUUUACAUUGUGUGUAUAACCAACAUUUUAUUAAUAUCUUGCAAUAUUUGCACGAAGGCAGAACAUGAGUAGCUUAUGAAUACAAACGCGUUAGAGGCUCUUAACGUUAUAGGACGAAACGGAACAUGAACAAAAGAAUGCAACGACUAUUUAUUUGCAAAUAUCUUGCUUUGCUAAUUACUAAGCACAUUAUGUUAAUUAGUAGUGUAUUCAAAUUUAAUAGUACAGCAUUUUUUGGGGAGAAUUUGGACCGUAGAGGCAAUGGAUAUUAAUUAUAUAAUAUUAUUAUUUCUCGUUCCCAGUGCGCAGCCGCAUGUUGGUGUUCAAAAUAAUUUUAAUUCGACUCUUUUGUCUGGAACACAUACACACAUACAGAUAUUUCACAGCAUACAGAUAUUUCACAGCUUUUCAGUGACUGGUUACAUUAUGAAUAGAUAGAUAGAACCGGACUGACGUGAAGCAGACCGAGGUAGACUUUGAGCUUACAAAUGGCGCUUGAGCAGUAGUCCAUACCUCAGACCUAUGUGCCUAACCCACCCUGUCAACUUUCCCUGUGGGAGGAAACACGGAGUACCCGGAGAAAAUCCACGACUUUCGGCAGAGCGUUGACUUUUAUUCUUUUCACACGAGGACUGGGUUCGAGUCACAUUGAGAAGUUCUCACUGAGAUUUGAACCUGGCAAGUGCGCUAACCACUUUGCCACCGGGGGUAUAUGCACCAACAUGGCCGCCAUGGCUUUUGUUGAGUUGGUUCCUGGGGAAUGAGUGCAAACGCUCUCUAUACACAGUUUAAAUUUGGAGAGACAUCACUUGCACAAGGCCUCAUUUUCUAUUUGGGAAGAAAGAAUAUCCCUCGCUUCAUUAGUUUUAAAAAGCCCCUUUCUUUAGAGAAAGGGUGCUAUCGGGAAAAUUUGGGUGUGUGAGCGCCCUAAACGAGUCACCACCUUAUAAUAUGAUUAGUUACUCAUAACAAUGAACACAUGCUAUAGUAAAACGAAAGAAUAAAUAUUCUAAAGAGCGAGUCCCAAAAAGUUGAUCACUGAUUACUUUAGUUUUGUUUUUAAAAUUAAACAAGCCCAGUGGCGGCGCCAAGGGGGGCAUGGGGGGGGGGAAUGCCCCCCCAAUUAUUUUUUGCCCCCCAUUUUGUCCCCCCCUCCCCGCUCAAAAAAAUUAUUAGCCACUAAGAGCGACUAAAGGCUACACAACCGCCUUGUCGUUAUCGGAAAAUGUAUGGCUUAUAAGUUGUCAUUACUCAUUAGUGAAUGCGCGUAUACAUGAAACUGUUUUUUACAGUUUCAAUAUUAGUUUGUAAAUCUCUGAAUGUACGUAAAACUUGCCAAUACUCCAAUAAUACGUUUCAAAAAAGACAAAACAGCUUUAGUUUUGCAGAGUUAAAUUCUCAAACGUGUAAGGCACUAAUAAGAUGAAAGUAUCACGAAAUUAUUUGAAUAUAUAUAUAAACCACAUCGCAUAUAUGGGGGGCGAAUAUCCUAAAGGGGGGGGGGGCGAUAUUCCUAGGGUAUUCGCCCCCCUUUUGAGAGGGGGGCGAAUCUCCUGGGGGGCGACCUUUUUAAAAAUUCUAUCUUGCCCCCCCCCCCCAAAUAUGAGUUUUUUAAAUUCGUCGAAUUGAUAUCUCAUAAACGAGAGAUCAGGACUCUUGUUUUUCGUCGAGGACAUAUUUUGAUUAUUUUGUUUGUUUCUUCGGAUAUUUUCGUUUGAGAUUUUGAUGGUAUAAAUCUAUAUAUAUUUACCUUCACAAUUUAUCAAAGAUCAGUCAAUGUAAACAAAAAAAUUAUAUACUAAAAGCCUGUUUUCAUCGUCAACUAAAAUUUCAUAGUGGCAGCCAUCUUGGUAUUGCCCCUCAAAUGCCCCCCCCCCCACCCCCAAAUUCUGAGGCCUGGCGCCGCCACUGGACAAGCCUGUCACAAAACAUGAUCAUUUUAGUUUGUAGAAACGUUUGGUAGAUGGAAAUAGCGAGUGUGAAUUUUAUACAUUUAUUGGACCUAUAAACCAGAGCAGUUGCGGAAAAUGUAACUGUAGGCCCUCAGGCAGGAAACCUUAGUAUACAGCUAUUUCAAUUAAGGUUGUCCACGAGCAAAGCGGAAAAGUCGAAUACGAGCGCGAAAGGCUGCUGGGAAUCGCUAUGAAAAUUCAUUCAUUUGUUGGUAAUCGUUCCAUGUUUCGCGCACCAAUAUAGUAAACGUUAUGUAAUGGAUAUUAUAGUGUACUGAAAAGUUCACUAGAUACCUCCAUAGACAUAUAACACACCCUAACCCUAACUCCAACCUUAAACCUAACCCUAACCCUAACCCUAACCUAACCCCUAACCCUAAUACCUAACCCCUAACCCUAACCUAUAUUGGUGCGCGAAACAUGGAAUGAUAACCAAUUUGUUAGCGAUUCCCAGCAGCCUUUUGCGCUCGUAUUCGACUUUUCCGCUUUGCUCGUGGACCACCUCAUUAACUGAAAUAGCUGUGUACAUGAACUUGCGGUUGGAGCUCGACAACUGACCUCUGUAUUUCAGUUGGUUACAGCGCUGCACCGGAAUCGCAGGACCGCAGGUUCGAUACUUGUUAGGUCCUGUUUUAGGUCCAAGGGAAGCCUCACAUAUCGAUUUUUUUCCACGAGAAACGUCAUAUGUUCGUUUAGGGGUGGGGGAGUUUGCAGUUGUGACGUUUCUCUGUAAACAUCAUGGAAAAAUUCGAUAGUUUUUUCGAAAGCCUUAACAUUUCGGAAUCAUCUUUACACAAUAUAAAAAAGAAAACAACUUGAUACAAACAACAGUCUAUACAUUCGUAAUCCCACACCUGUUCUAUACGUACGUAUACAUUUAUAUUAUUACGCCUUCCUUGCAUUGAAAACACUCAAAUUUCAAGAAACGCGCUCGAAUUAUCAAUAUGUCAUACAAAAAAAAGUUGUUUUGAGAAACGUUGGAAAUUUUGAAGUUCACAUAUAUUAAUAAAAAUAUGUCAGUAGAAGAUGACAUAUUCCUCGCGGAAGCAUCGCCAAUAGCCGACCGUAGAAAAUAGUAGAAAAUUACCUUAUGUGUAUUAUAUUAAAAUAAAAUAUCGAUAGCUAUGUGUGACGUUUCUAAGGGGGGUGGGGUGGGGUCUCCAGAGAAACGAACAUAUGACGUUUCUCAUGGACAAAAUCGAUAUGUGAGGCUUCCCCAAUAAAUGUAUAAAAUUCACACUCACAAUUUCCAUGUAAGAUACCCAAAACUCCUCAUUUUAGUUUGGCAUAUACCUUCCUGAAACAAUCCACCAGUUUGUUUGUAUGGUUUUAACUAACACCUGUUUUAUUUCGUUUUCCUAGCACUCUUAAUCACUGAAACAGAUACAUUCGGAAAAAUUCGAAUAAAACAUUAUAAGAGUAAUUAUUACAUUUGUAUGAACGUCAAAGGAGAAAUUAUUGGCUUGGUGAGUAUGCCGUGUUGUUUAACUUGUUUUGUACAAAUUGCAAUAUCGACAUUGAUCUGUGGUGUUGAAAAGUCAGGCUGCACGCAGGCUAAGUGAAAACAUGCUUGCUAGAGAGUUGAUUUUUUAAUCAGAUAACUGCACACUACAGGAAUCGAAGUCUUUAAACAGAAAUUAAACUCCAUUUACAGAGGGAAAAUGCAUAUAAGGAUGUCAAUCCUGGGGGGGGGGGGACAUUCGUUAUAUAAUCUAUAUUAAAAUAAGUCCAUUGGUCCACUUCGUCCCCCCACUCUUUGGAAUGGAUUGUCGCUUUUGUACGUACCUAGAAAAUGGGGGUGGGGACGAAGGUCAUUAAACCGGCCGGUAUGGUAUUUUCACAACAACUGUACUAUUUACGAGAAAAUAAAUAUAUUUAAAUUUUUAAAAUUAACACAGAACUGCUGUCGAAUAGGGCGCUAUCAGAGGUUGUUAUACUUAUUGAAAAUAAUUUUUUUAAAAAGUAAGAAUUUCAAUCGCAAAAUGAUGUCAAUCUGACCAAUAUAGUUAACUAUUAAUCAUCUGUCAUGAAUCGUGGAAUUAUAUAUUUAUCCCCCACCCCCAAAUAGUGCGGGUAUACGCCCCCCCCCCAGGAUUGACGCCCUUAAUGUUCUAACACCUCAUGGCUGUACAGGCCAGGAAUUGCACUUUCUUUUUAAUCUUUUUGCUUUGGAACAAGAUUAACGACAAAAAAUAAAGUACAAACGGGAAGAGAAUGAUUAUAAUUCAUCUAGUUUUUGUCCGAGUAUUCUACCGUGUAACAAGAAGCAUGUUGUUUAUUUCAGAAUGAGAAAAAAGGCAGACAUAUGAAACGAUGUCUUUUCAGAAUAGUACGUACACAAGACGGAUACGUACAAUUUAUAUCAGAUAAAUAUGGCAAAAAGAAGAAAGUAUCACGCUAUCUGGCGUUCAGACAUACAGGAGAGCCAAAACUCUUCACGAAAGUUCUUGUCGCAAACCAACGAGCGACAAAAUUUCUUAAGGUUGAAGUAAAAAUCAAGAAAAAACGACAUGCAAAGCGAAACAUCCGAAGACGGAGAAUAAGUCAUGAGUUUUUAUCUCAAGAAAAAAGGAAGCAUAGAAAAAGACAAGGCAGCAAAAUUUGCCUGCGAUACUUAAGAUGUAUGCACAAAAAGUGGAAGUCAAAAAACCGUGGGCAAAGAAUAACUGUCCGAUGUAGUCGAAUACGUCGUCGACGUUUUUGCAAAUGUAGAUGUGCCAAACAAUAGUUUCCAGACCUCUUCAAGAAACGUCUGCAUUUGCUUGUGAAAGACCGCUGCCCCAUACGACCGUUGUUCAAGUUACGUAUAAACAGCGAAGAUUGCAAAGCCCGAUGGGAAAUCCAAGAAAACGGCCGCAGCUUUUGUAGCUAUAACUUUAUGAUACUAACUUAUAUGUAAAAAACAACAUAUGCUCCACUGACCUGUGUGUUGUAUAAACGGGACCGCGUAAUCCCAAAUGCUUCCUAAACAAUUUAUGCGCUGUGAUUAUUUCAUGACUAGAACUAGUUAAUUUGUGUGUUACAAGGUCAUUCAAUGCCUUCAAAAGGAGUAUCGAAUAUAGUUUAUGAGGAAAAUAUUAUACUUGAUGGAUUACCGGAUCAAACUACCGUCAAAAUUAUAACAAGAACUUUGACGUUUGGAAAUUAAUCAGUAAGAGAAAGAAAUAUGUAAGAUGAUAGCCGAAAAUUAAAGAAAUAUGUAAGAAAAUAUUCGAAUAUGUGAAGUUUGGAAUGAAUUUUUUUUUAAAGUCGGGCAAAUUUUUUUCUGUCCCCCCCCCUAACUUUUUCCAUCCCGUACGCCUAUGUUUGGAAUGCCGUUCGUCCUAAUUCUCUCGAAACGUCAUUCCAGGGUCCAUCCGAUCUGGAUUCAAGCCAGGAACUGAUCUCAUAAUAGACUGGAUAGACAAAAUUGAAAUGAAACUGAUCUCAUACAGAAAUGAAGUCAAUUCGUAAGUCUUAGAGCCGUACGUCUAUCAAAACAAAGUAGUUCUUGUCAUACUUUUCAAGUAGUGUGAUCCUGUAAUCCCUCGGGUCUAUCGCCAACUAAACAACAACCGUUAUCAUAUAAGAAAACGUUGGGUGGUUCAUGUGGUGUUGCACCAUUCGGUUUAUAACACACAGAUCAGUAAGUGUAUCUCAGUGGAAAAGAAAAUUGCUACGGUCUUGGGCUCACUGAGAUCCACUUAUUCUAAGACAUUUAACGUCAGAACCUCGUAAACGCGAACAACUAGUGACCCAAGCAGAUUGGGACAACAAUAUGCCUGAAGUUCUGUAAAUACUUACGGUUACAUAUACGGUAUUUUACAUAGCAUAUUCAAACAUAAAUCAGGGAACACUGAAGGAAGCUUGGCAAUAAGAGGGUGCACAAUAGGAUAUUCUCAAAUCCCGUGUUCAAAUUUUCCAACAAUCUUUCACGUUUUCCGUUUGUUCUCCUCACCCUGUGACUUUCGCAUUCCGCCAUUUUUCCUCCUUUCAUAUCCAGUCUCUAAAAUAAAAGUUAUCCUGCGUCCAGAAAUGCCUAUUGUGGACCCUCUAAAAAGUCCGGUGGACGAUGAUAUCUCCGAGGCGUCGGAACCCCGGGACAGUGGGCAUUCUACUGCCAUUAUUUUUAGCUGGGCUUCACUAAACACUAUCGUGCAGCAGACGGUCGUCAACCAACAAUUAUCAGAGAGAGAAAAUGUUAUUAAUUUUCAUUAUAUGUAGUGGUCUGAUUUUCGGUGAAAGAUAAAGAGAAUAAUAUAGGAAAACGCACAAGUCAUUAAGGGCUUGCAGACGUUUGUUCCAACAUGCAGUCGGAAAUCAUAGAUUAUUGGCCACUGCCAGCUCAUAGACAAGUCGACAACAGUCUGUGAAAGAAAUAUUCAGUACAGUCAUCCUUAUACACAGAUUGCAGUUCUUUCCAAGUAGUUUAACCUGGUUACCAUUUAGUCGCGGCUGACGUGAUCAAGUCAUGGUCAGUAUAGGUUGGAUCUUCCACGGCUUGUUGUUUGCUGUAUGCAAAUUUGUCUUCAUAAUUUUUUAUUCCAGGGAUCGGUUGUUCAAAGCUGGGUUAACCCUGAUCCUCGGUUAAAAUGUAAUCUGCUGUUUCAGUUUAUGCUUUUCUGCACGUCUGUUUAUUUCAAAACUUCAGAGAAGAAAACUCCUACUGAUUCAGACAAGAUCUCCGAAGACAUAUUUCCAAAUUUAUAACCAAGCUCUUGGGAAGUUUGCUUUGAGUUUUAAGGUUACAGGACACCCUUUUUGGCGUUUUGCGGAAUAUCAGUCCGAUUUUCAUCAAAUUUUCACCAAAUGUUCUCCAGUGCAUGCAAAAUAUGGUAAAGUUGUAAAAUUAACAAACAAUAAAAUAAUGUAAGAAUUAUAAUGGAAAUAAGGAAAAUCUUAAAUCGCGAUACCGUUACGCUUUUGAGUUGUGCUCCUGCUGGUUUUAAGUUAUAUUUAUGAAAAUAUCAUUUUUAUACCUUAAAAUAGUUGUUCUAAAAAAUUGUGUUCGGAAUUUUUUGUUUAUUUCGUCAUUCCGCUGAUAUGGCGAUUUCUUUGACGACUGCAAUAUAUUUCUGAAUUGUUUGAGUGAAUUGCUCUUUAUUUUUAAAAUAUCCAAAAUUAAACAAAAGCCGAACACAAUUUUGAAACUGACGUAUUUAAUUAUGUCCUGUGAAAAUUUGAGAAAAAUUGGUUACAACCCGCAGGAGCACAACUCGUUUGAACAUCAGUAAUUACCGUUAAAUUUUUCGGGAGAAAAUUGAAUUUGAAUAUUACAUUUUCAAUGUUUUUCUUAUUGCAGCGAAAUGUAUUUUACUAAAUAACUCUGCGAGUUUUCAACAUUUUUCGUUCAAAUUUGGUCAGAUAGUAGAACUAGUCUAAUGCUUUCAUUGAAACCAAUAAAAUAAAUUUAGGCAAAAUUAACACUCAAAGGGUGUUCUGUACGUGUAACCUUAACCUAGGGAUAAGCUAACCCAGCUUUGAACAACCGGCCCCUGGAAGAUAUUGAUAAGAGAGGUUAAGAUUGACAUUUACGGCAGACCGCUAACCACGUACGAACGGAAAACGGCAAGUAGUAUUUUGAGAUCAACUGUUAGCUGUUCGAAGUUUAGACGAUUUGUGCCAUAAAUUUGAAGCAUGAAUGAAGUUUGCCAUUUGUAAUUAGCGGUUUGCCGCGGUCAGUCUUAAUGUCUUACACUAGCCACAUUGAUGCUUACGAUCGCCUCGACUAAAUGGAAACGAGGCUUACAUUCCGACGCCUCUCUGGGAGAUACAGAAGAUUAUAUUUUAAAUAGCCAAGCCUCGGUGUGAGAAAACGUACGAAUAGACUUGAAAACAUAGAGUAAAAGAAAUAUAAACAAACAUAACGAAAAAAAAAUUGCCACUAUACAAAUGGUUAAGACCAAAUAAAGUUAUUUAUUAUUGAAUUUUUCAUUGAUGGUUAGAUAUUUGGUGUUGAUUUGUUAGUUUCACACUCCGCACAAAUGUUCAAAAUCCGAUCUUACUUCAGUUCAGAGCCAUACAUGAUUACAACCUGUGCUCCAUUCAGUUGAUUCGAUAGCUCAAUUGGUAGAGCUGACGUCAAUAUGCGAGUACAAUGUGCGAGAACAAAUGUGCUAAGAUGUUGACACAGCAGUGUUGGUUUUUUUUCAUGUUCAUUUCAUUCAAACGUUUUUCUUUUUUUUUUUUGGGGGGGGGGAGAGGGGACAUAUUGGAUAGAGAGAGAGAGCAUAUUGGAAAGAAGGGGGCUUAUCGGAAAUAUAGAAAUGGGUUAUAGAAAUGGGUUGUUGGAGAACUAAGGGUGCCUUAUUGGAGGGGAAGCUUAUUAGUGGAGGGGGCUGAAUGGAGAGGGGGCUUGAUUAAUUUUUUCCCAUAAAAAGGAGUCGGCUUAUUUGAGAUGGAGGCUUAAUUAAUCCACUUGUACAUUUUUAUCCACUAGUACUUUGCCUUCAUCAGCACUGCGUUCGCCCUCUCGAUAAUCAACAUAUUAUAUCCAUUAUAUUCCCUUCUAUUCACACAUAUCCCUUCAGUCCUAUUAUCCUAUCUUUUGAUAUAGGAGAUUUUCUCCUAACUUUGUCUGUACGAAGACUGCUAUAUUCGGUUUAGCUUUUGCCAACUAGGGAAGGGCCACCACAACAGCAUAUGCCAAUUACUGUGGGCCCUUUUACCCAACCCGCCCUGUCAACU